CUUAUUAUAUCACCUCCCCUGUGGUCAGAGGGCAGAGAGAGGAUCCAAUCAGUGCACUGGCAAAUCAAAAACAGAGUUCAAAAAUGUGUGGAACAAAUGACUUUAUGGUUUUUUUUCUUUACAAUUUUGCAUUAGAUUUAAAAAUAAAAAAAUCAACAUAUUUAGAAGUUACUUCAGGUCUUGAAUGUUGUAAUGAAUUACUCAGUAAGUGCCUGUUUAAUCUGUGAGCUUUGUGACCACAGUUCAGUGUGCAGUGGACUGACAUACAGCUGAACACAGUGACAGAGCUGUGCAUCAAACCUCCUGCUGCUUCUGUUCAUUUCCUCUGCUUGCGUUGUGGUUGACAUGCGAUGAGAACUCCUUCUGGUGACAACACAGGCAGGUCAGUGUUUUCUCAGCACAUGGUUCAGUUCUUUUAGGAUCUAUCAUUACUUUUAGUUGCUCUGAACACAGCAGAGUUGCAGCUGCUUUCCGAUCAGCAUCCCAGUCUGAAGAAUGGACAUUUUCAAAGAGACUCUCAGCAGAGCACACAGAAGCAGCACAGACUGAGGUGAUGCUCUUUAACCUGCCAGAGAUCCAAGUGUCCUCAGUGAGCAGAAGACAGACAGACACCUGUUGAUCCACACAGUAUAAAUAUGUGUUCAGACUUGAAGUUAGCCUACAUCCCCGUCGGAGUCCUGGCCUUCGUCGUGCUGGUGUUUGCCGUGCUGGGGCUCCUGUGUCUCAGAAAAGUGCGUUUGUUGAAGCGGACCAUUCGACAGCUGCAGGGGAACCAGUUCACUCCUUCGAUCCACCAGUUCACUCCUUCGAUCCUCCCUCCGAGGUCCAUCUCAGUGGUGGAGGAUGAGGGGGUGGUGGAGCCUCCUCCCCAAACUCCUCUGCAGCCCAGCAGCACCGUCAAGCCCUCCUCCAAGAGGCUGUGGAAAAACCCGCAGCAGGAUCCUCAUUUCAUCAAGUCGGACCUGAACCUGCUGCAGCUCAUCAAAGCGGGGAAGGAAGGAGUCUUCUACCAGGCCAGGAUGAACCGGGGGACCUGCAAAGGCCACAACAUGUUCACCUGCAAGAUCAGCAAGGAAGGAGUCCGACUCAAACAUGUGGACACAGAGGUUUCCAUCAUGAAGAAACUGGUGCACCACAAGAACAUCCUCCAGAUCCUGGACUGGAACACCACUGUGGAGCCUUACAUUCUCAUCAUGGAGUAUGUGAGCUACGGCACUCUGAGGACCUUCCUGCAGACCAACAGAAGCCACCUGAGUGCAGAUUCUGAGCUGCAGAGCCUCUUCACCAUCGCCUCCUACCACAUCGCUCUGGCCAUGCAACACCUGCGCUCCAAAAUGAUCAUGCACUGUGACUUGGCACUGAGGAACAUCAUGGUCAAUAAGUUUCCCUGGGAGGUCAAAGUAGCAGAGUUCGGCCUGGCCCGAGACUUAACCCGUAUGACGAGCCGUCGCAGCAGUCGCUGGAGAAACCCCAGGCAGCGUGUGCCGCUGCGCUGGUAUCCCCCUGAAUACUUCAAGAACAACUAUUACAGCUUCAAGGGAGACGUUUGGGCUUUUGGCAUCGUGCUGUGGGAGAUGCAGACAUUUGGUACCUUACCAUACCCAAACCUGGAGACCUCAGAGGAUGUGAUCUACCACAUCUGUCUGGGCCAGAAGAACACAAACCCUGAAGGCUGCAGACCGGAGAUACUCCAUAUCAUGAGAGACUGCUGGCAGGAGCCGUACACAAUGAGACCCUCCUUCACUGACAUUGUCUGCAUGCUGGAGAACGUCAUGGAAAACGAUGCAGAUUAUGUGGAUGUGGAGAGUCCUCAGAGUUUGGUGAAAGAGGACGCUGAAUAUCAUGAAGCUAAAUGUCUACGAGCAGCAAGCGUCACCCUGGAAAAUGCUGAUCCUGUUUAAAAUAUGUAUUUAUGGAGGCUGGAUACUGUAUAGUUUAAAUCUCUACACAUUACUAUUUAGCUCUUUGAGACUGAGGCUAUUUUCAGUGUAAAUUAACUACCUUUACUAUUAAGCUCUUACCUUGAUCACCAUGAGGAUUGUGCAUACAUUCUGUAUCUUGUUUUUUUUUUCUUCAUUUUUUAGGAACAGACACAGCUAUCAAUAUAUUCAUAAUCUGA